AUGACGGGAUUCAGGAACUCUUUUUUGGCGGUUUCAUCUAAGCCCAUUAUUAAUGCCUGCUGGGGGGAGGUCGCAGUUCACUGGACAGGGAGUGCUAGAGGCUCUUUGGUCAACCACACCAUAAACCGCACCAACUACAUCCUCAGCUAUCUUCCCCAGGACGAGGGUUGGCUCCCUAAAUGGAUGUUCCUCGUGUCCGUCAUCGCGGUCGGUAACUCGGUGCAGACAUACAUGACCCUGCACUUCACCAAACGCGUCUACUCUGGACGCCCUGAUCAAGUCAACUGGCUGUCGUCCCGCACAUUCGGUACAUGGACCUUCAUGGCCUCGGUGCUGCGCCUGUACGCGGCGUAUAAUAUCACAAACCCAGUCGUCUACGACCUCGCCAUCUGGAGUUACAUCAUUGCCGGAUGGCACUUUUUGAGCGAGUGGUUGAUCUUUGGGACUGCCUCGUGGGGCGCGGGGCUGGCGGGGCCGAUCUGUGGUGACUGGUCAUUGGCAGGUAUCUUCCGUACCCUGCGGCCGGGGGAGGGGCGUAGCGUAUUCACUAUAUUACUCACGGGAAUCUCCUUCUCGCUUGUUUCAUACAAUAUCGUAAAUGAUUCUGGUUUUGAUGUCAUUAUCUAG